CACCGGAUAUCCAAGUAGUUGUCGAUAAAGUAGUCGUCUUUUGUCUUUCGAUUUUAUUUUAUGUCAAGUUGCGGCUACCACGUUGGAUCAAGAUAAGUCGCCAUGCAAAUUUUCGUAAAAACACUUACUGGUAAAACAAUUACCCUCGAGGUUGAACCCUCUGACACUAUUGAAAAUGUCAAGGCGAAGAUCCAAGAUAAAGAGGGCAUUCCUCCGGACCAACAACGUCUGAUUUUCGCAGGAAAGCAGUUGGAAGAUGGACGUACCUUGUCCGACUACAACAUCCAGAAGGAAUCGACCCUUCACUUGGUGCUACGUCUCAGAGGUGGUAUCAUCGAACCGUCUCUCAGAAUUUUAGCGCAAAAGUACAACUGUGACAAGAUGAUUUGCCGUAAAUGUUACGCGAGAUUACAUCCGAGAGCCACCAACUGUCGUAAAACUAAAUGUGGACACACCAAUAACUUGCGCCCAAAGAAGAAGCUAAAGUAGACUGUUUCUUGCAGGUCGAGGAUUUCAAUAAUUUUGAUGACUUGGAAUUGCUGAAUUAUAUUUACUUUUAAAUAAAAUACCUUCAGAGUAAA